AUGGCCUCCAACGAGCCCGCCCGCGUCCCCAUCCCCAAGAAUGGCGUCGACUACCGUGGCAAAGUGGUGCUUGCGCCCAUGGUGCGCUCCGGUGAGCUGCCCUCACGCCUCCUCGCGCUCAAGUACGGCGCCGACCUGGUCUGGGGACCCGAGACAAUCGACCGCGCCAUGAUUGGCACUACCAAGAGACUCAAUCCACAUACGCAGACGCUGGAGUUCUCGCGCCUGCCCACUUCAAAGAUCAAAAACCCCACGCUCGAUCCCGAGAACCGCGAGAGCGUCAUAUACCGCAUACAUCCAGAGCUGGAGAAGGGAAAGCUCAUAUACCAGAUUGGAACGGCGAGCCCAGAGCUGGCAGUGCAGGCAGCCAAGAUGGUGGCAGCGGAUGUCGCGGGCAUUGACGUUAACUCCGGCUGCCCCAAGCCCUUCUCCACGUCUGGUGGUAUGGGCGCUGCGCUGCUGAGGACGCCAGAUCUGCUUUGCAACAUUUUAACAAGUUUGGUUGAAGAAGUAGGAAAGCCAUUCGAGAUCGGCAUUAGCGUCAAGAUUCGAAUUCUAGACACGCCUGAAGAAACGGCGGCACUGGUAAAGAGACUUGUGCGCACCGGAAUCACGGGUCUCACAGUACACUGCCGAACGACACCCAUGCGACCGAGGGAGCGCGCCAUCAGACACCAGCUCAAGAUGAUCGGAGAAAUAUGUCACGAAGCAGGCGUCGCAUGCCUCAUGAACGGCGACGUCACAUCGCGCACCGAAGCCUUCAAGCUCGCAGAAGAGUUCAACGUCGACGGCGCAAUGAUUGCAACCGAAGCCGAAAAGAACCCCAGCUGCUUCCGACCCGACGCAGAGGGCGGCCCUCACGAGUGGCGGUCGCAGUGGAAGACCGUUGUCACCGAAUACAUGCGUUUUGCACUACAAGUGGAGAACCGCUGGGGCAACACAAAGUAUCUGCUCAGUCAGAUGAUACCUGGGAAGGAAAAGGCAUAUGCAGCUAUGAACAAGUCAAAGUGCUACACAGACGUCAUCAAGGCGCUGGGCUUGGAGAACGUGGAUGACUUGUUGCAACAGGCAAACACUGUUGACGAGCAUCUGGGUAUACCCAUGAACGAAUCGCGCGCUUCCAAGCGGGCGAGAGUCAAGGAAGCCCAGAAGACCGACGGAGAUACUCAGAAGACAGAAAAACGCAAGGAGCGGGACGAAGAAGAGCCCGAAGCUAAGCGCAUCAAGGUACCUGAGGUAGAGCCAGAAGCGGCUAUGGCCCUUCCUCCACAAGAGAUGACGGCCCCUGCUGCGCUGAGCGUAUGA